AUGUACGGUCAUAGAGACCCGAAAUUGGCGGCUGGUCCGGACGAGCGAGUCUUCGUAAGCGCCUAUGAUAAUGACAGUCAGAGCGUCACGGAAAAGGUCCUCGAGUUGUUAGAGCGCUGUGUUCCAAACGUGAAGGUCUCAGGGACGAAGAUGGUCAAGGACUUCUCUAUUGAAAGCCUUCUCUCGGAGGAUGAGGCCCGGAAGCUACCAGUCGACAAGCAAGACCUCGCCUCGCUGGCCAUGAUGACUUUGGCUGCAGCUCUCAAGCUCGCCUGUGAAUCCUCCUUCUACAGGAAAUGCUCCUUGAGUCAGCUGAAGUGUGAUGCUUUCCUGAGGCUAGAUCAG